UUUAAAAGGCAUCUGGACCUGAAGGAGGAGGCAGACACUGAAAGGGAGAGAAGAGAAGAGCAACGGACAUGAUGAAGCUGCAAAGUGCCCUUCUGGUAAUCUGCCUUCUUAGGUCAAGCCUUGCUCUGCCAGUUCAGAUUGGAAUUAUUGCAAGCAACAGCAAUGAGAUCCUGAGACUGAAUGGAUUGACUCUUGCAGCUCUUGGACAAACACAGGGCUCAAUAUUACCCCAGUAUGUUCUGCAGCAGCAAACCCCGGAAGUCUUGCUCACCCCACAGGUGUUGAAUUUGAACCCCCAACUGGCAGGUCCUUUUGGUCCCCAGGGGCCACAGCUGCUGCUUCCCAACCAAGGCAACCAGCUAACACCCAUGCUUGUCCCUAAUGGGCAGCAAGACCAGCUUGGACCAGCACAAGACCCCAACAAUCCCAACGGUCCUCAGCAAGCCCAGAACCCGGUCCAGAUGUAUCCACAGUUUCAGUAUCCAUCUUUUGGAUUCCCACAGCUUCACAGACAGCAGGGCUACUCUUACUUUGUACCCCGGUAUGGCUAUGCCCAGCAGAGGAACCCUGCAGUUCUGCCCAACAAUGGACAGCAGAAACUGGAAAGAACCACACAAAGACCACAACUCCCACUGCAGCAGGGCUCUAAGGUACAGACAGAAAAGACAUGGCCAGCAGGGCCUAAGAAAGAGUCCACCACUGUUCCCCCUGAUCCCCGUGGUGAUGCAACUGGUCCUGGGACUGAUGAGGGUAACGGCAGCUUUCCCUUCCUGUUUGAGCCAUAGAUGUUACGAGGAAAGAAGAAACAUCACUGCUGAGGGGAAAAGGCCUGGGGGAAUAUUUGCCACAACUUAACUGAAACUUAUUCUUUGCUUUGACUACAUUUUAAAUAAAUAAAUAAAUAAAUAAUUUUGUCAAAUGAAA